AUGAGCACCGGCGAUUUCUGGCCCUCCCGCUCCCGAGCGAGCCAAUUGGUUGAGGGUCCCCUUCGUUGCAUUCAACUUCGGACCCAUCCAGAGGCCUGCCUCAAGUCCCCAAGGCUCGACAGGGGGGCGUGCCAGGGGACAGCCGCCGCUAACCUAACCCUGCUCAGCCCAUGGACCCUGGGCGGAGAGAUGCAGACCCAAUUUGGCAACCUGGCUCCCAUGCCAUGCUGGCUAAUCCUGAGGAGAGGAAUUGCGACUGGGGACUGCCCCAAGAGAACCUGA